AUGUGUUUAGAUAAUCCUAGCGCAGCACAGAAAGAAGAAUUCCAGUUUGAGAUCGAGCAGAUGAAGCAGUUGGGUUCACAUCCGAACGUUGUUUCCUUGGUUGGUUGCUGCACGCUUCAGGAUGAAAAGUUCCUGGUGAUAGAGUAUGUUCCUUUUGGGGAUCUGCUGACAUGGUUACGCUGUAGAAGGAACAGGGUGAGAAAAUGAAGAAAAUUCUACAAUGUACUUUGAACUAGGGUUACUGAAGAAAAGAAGGAAAAGGAUACGCCUCUUAAGAAACAUGAAGGAAUAUUCCCAGUUUUCCCCUUUUUCGAUUGCAAAAUAUUAAGCAUUUUCGCGUCAUUUCAUCCUUAUUUCUCCCACUUCCCACCCUAUUGAAGCACCCGCCUCCCGCCCUUUCCUCUCUCGCCUGCCCCCUAAUCUCCUGGGUUCGCACCACAAUUGUCCUCCUCAAUUUCUAGCUCCCAGUUCUCAUUUCGGAACGCUAUGGAGCUAGAAGCUUUAGCUUGGACCCAUUUGUUAAUAACUAUUACCUUUUGCUGUGUGAACAAAAUAUGACGCUAUAAGUAGCAUUAGAGUAGCCAAAGCGAGGUGUUUUCACUUUUUGAUGUUGCUGAAUCUUGUAGAUCUACAAACGCCAAACCUCCAAGAAAAUCUACGACGACAAAGUGGGUUUGAAAGAUGACGGAAACGCCAAAAAUCAGGUAGGGGUAAACUAAACGCUAUGUUCGAAUGGUCUUAAAAUUGCAGUCAGAAGUUUUAAACUUAUGUGUAACUAAAUCACAUGCUUUGAUACCAAUAAGUAACAUGUCCAGGAGGACAAUAAAACGGUUUUUGUAUGCGAUAAGCAUGGCUUAGCCUGUAGAGUGUCGAAUCAGUGAGUGGCUUAGACAGAUCAUUGGGGCUUAUCAUGUUGACAGUGCCAUAUAAAGUCCAUUUUCGCGAGCAUCUAUUCGUGUCCUACAGUACCAUCAUGUACAUAAUCUAAGAGUAUAAUAGUCACAGCUUAUGACAUGACAUUUUCGAGUGAUGCAUUGGCCAGGGUACAUUAUCUUAUUCCGAUGUAUCUGUUCAUUAUUUAAAAAUUGGACUUCACAAAACUUAGCUCUGUUAAGGUAAUUAUAUUCUUAAAUUCAUCUGAAUAGGUUGACACAAUUGCAUAAAUUUCGACCUGAAACUCAUCUCUUUACUAACAGAAAUUAAAGUGACCUUAGAAGGCCUGACAUCCAAGCAGUUUUGGAGCUUAUCAAGUACAGUUCCCAAGCAUGUAAUAAAGUUAUCGUAUCAUAUUGUUUUUUUCUCUUUGAGGUGCAAGGUAAAGAAGAGGAGAAGCAAGUGAGUACGGAAUUCACUCCGUUAUUACAAGAUGAUAAUGAGGACAAGGUGGACAAGAUGUUGUGUGAGAAUGUAAGAACGAACGGCUUGACCAUUUUAUAAACUAACCUCAAUUUUGCUGUCAUUUCCUUAAAAGAGUAAAACUUCUCUCAAUGUUAAAUUCAACUGAUUCAACUCAAUAGCCCCAUAUAAGGGAAUCCAAGACAGUCCUGGAUUCUGGAUUCCAAACCGUGGAUUCCAGAUUCCAGGCACUGGAAAUCUCCCAAUUCGCACUCCCAAUUGGGAUUCCGGAUUCCAAAGCCCAGGAUUUCGGAUUUCUCAAGCACAAUUUUCCUAGAUUUCGGAGUCCAUACACUAAAAAUUCCCCGGUUUCCGCAUUCUGGAAUCCCGAUUUCCUUACAUGCAGCGAACUCUUCCCCUGCAGGAUAAGGGAUUCAAAACUAACAGCGACGAACAGCCAACAGUCCCUUCCGCACCGAUGGAAAAUCAGCACGCCCCCGCCCCGUUAGCCUCAACGGAAAGUUUGGCCGAAGAUCUCACUGAUGACGAGGUGUCGUUUUCCACCGAUCAAAACAUCUUUUCAUUUGUUCAGGAAAUGGCGAAGGGAAAGGUAAUAAUAGAUAUAUAUAUAUAUAUAUAUAUUUUUUUUUUUUUUUUUUUUUUUUUUUUUUUUAAAUAGCUUGGCCUUUUGAGAGCUACACCUCUUUUACUGUCUCUGGAACCAGUGGUGGCAUCGCGGAAUUACGGAUGUCUUCUCAGGCUACUUUUUAAUUUGUUUACGGAUUUUGAUUUCACACAGGAAAGCAAGGAUGCUAAGCAACAGGUGGAGCAAGAGCAGACACAAAUGAACAUGGAAAUGACUCCAUUAUUACAAGAUGACGGUGACGUCAUUAGAGAGGACGCCCAGAUGACCUCUGAGAAUCUCCAUGAUGUAAACUUUUUUAACUUCAUUUCAUUUUAUCCAUUAAAAUAGAGAUAUGUCCAGAAAUGCACGUAUUGGCGAAAAUGGCAGAAAUGGCAAUUAAUCGCCAAAAUCGCCAAACUAUAAACAAAAAUUCAAAUGAGAUGGCAAAGGGGCCCUUUGCCAAGUGGCGAUUUUGGCGAAAAUGGCAGAAAUGGCAAUUAAUCGCCAAAAUCGCCAAACUAUAAACAAAACUUCAAAUGAGAUGGCAAAGGGGCCCUUUGGAAAGUGGCGAUUUCGGCGAAAAUGGCGUAUUUGACGAAAAUGGCAGAAAUGGCGCUUAAUUGCCAAAAUCGCCAAACUAUAAACAAAAAUUCAAAUGAGAUGGCAAAGGGGCCCUUUGCCAAGUGGCGAUUUUGGCGAAAAUGGCGUAUUUGGCGAAAAUGGCAGAAAUGGCAAUUAAUCGCCAAAAUCGCCAAACUAUAUAAUAAACAAAAAUUCAAAUGAGAUGGCAAAGGGGCCCUUUGGAAAGUGGCGAUUAUGGCGCAUUUGGCGAAAAUGGCAGAAAUGGCAAUCAAUCGCCAGAAUCGUCAAACUGUAAACAAAAAUUCAAAUGAGAUGGCAAAGGGGCCCUUUGGAAAGUGGCGAUUUCGGCGAAAAUGGCGUAUUUGGCGAAAAUGGCAGAAAUGGCGCUUAAUCGCCAAAAUCGCCAAACUGUAAACAAAAAUUCAAAUGAGAUGGCAAAGGGGCCCUUUGCCAAGUGGCGAUUUUGGCGAAAAUGGCAUAUUUGGCGAAAAUGGCAGAAAUGGCAAUUAAUCGCCAAAAUCGCCAAACUAUAUAAUAAACAAAAAUUUAAAUGAGAUGGCAAAGGGGACCUUUGGAAAGUGGCGAUUAUGGCGUAUUUGGCGAAAAUGGCAGAAAUGGCGAUUAAUCGCCAAAAUCGCCAAACUGUAAACAAAAAUUCAAAUGAGAUGGCAAAGGGGCCCUUUGGAAAGUGGCGAUUUUGGCGAAAAUGGCAGAAUUGGCGAUUAAUCGCCAAAAUCGUCAAACUGUAAACAAAAAUUCAAAUGAGAUGGCAAAGGGGCCCUUUGGAAAGUGGCGAUUUCGGCGAAAAUGGCGUAUUUGGUGAAAAUGGCAGAAUUGGCGAUUAAUCGCCAAAAUCGCCAAACUGUAAACAAAAAUUCAAAUGAGAUGGCAAAGGGGCCCUUUGGAAAGUGGCGAUUUCGGCGAAAAUGGCGUAUUUGGCGAAAAUGGCAGAAAUGGCGCUUAAUCGCCAAAAUCGCCAAACUGUAAACAAAAAUUCAAAUGAGAUGGCAAAGGGGCCCUUUGGAAAGUGGCGAUUUCGGCGAAAAUGGCGUAUUUGGCGAAAAUGGCAGAAGUGGCAAUUAAUCGCCAAAAUCACCAAACUAUAAACAAAAAUUCAAAUGAGAUGGCAAAGGGGCCCUUUGCCAAGUGGCGAUUUUGGCGAAAAUGGCGUAUUUGGCGAAAAUGGCAGAAAUGGCAAUUAAUCGCCAAAAUUGCCAAACUAUAAACAAAAAUUCAAAUGAGAUGGCAAAGGGGCCCUUUGGAAAGUGGCGAUUUCGGCGAAAAUGGCGUAUUUGACGAAAAUGGCAGAAAUGGCGCUUAAUUGCCAAAAUCGCCAAACUGUAAACAAAAUUCAAAUGAGAUGGGAAAGGGGCCCUUUGGAAAGUGGCGAUUUUGGCGAAAGUGGCGUAUUUGGCGAAAAUGGCAGAAAUGGUAAUUAAUCACCAAACUAUAAACAAAAAUUCAAAUGAGAUGGCAAAGGGGCCCUUUGGAAAGUGGCGAUUUCGGCGAAAAUGGCGUAUUUGGCGAAAAUGGCAGAAAUGGCAAUUAAUCGCCAAAAUCGCCAGACUAUAAACAAAAAUUCAAAUGAGAUGGCAAAGGGGCCCUUUGCAAAGUGGCAAUAUCAGCGAAAUUGGCGUAUUUGACGAAAAUGGCAGAAAUGGCGCUUAAUUGCCAAAAUCGCCAAACUGUCAACAAAAUUCAAAUGAGAUGGGAAAGGGGCCGUUUGGAAAGUGGCGAUUUCGGCGAAAAUGCCAGAAAUGGCAAUUAAUCGCCAAACACGCCAAACUGUAAACAAAAAUUCAAACACAAUGGCAAAGGGGCCCUUUGGAAAGUGGCGAUAUUGGCGAAAAUGGCGUAUUUGGCGAAAAUGGCGGAAAUGCGAUUAAUCGCCGAAAUCGCCAAAUUAUAAACAAAAAUGCAAAUGAGAUGCCAAAGGGGCCCUUUGGAAAGUGACGAUUUUGGCGAAAAUGGUGUGCACUAAUCUUGUAUCUUUUCAUCAGCCACAAAAUAAAAUAAAAAAAAAAAUUAGAGUGCAUGUUGGCCUCGUUCUUAAAACGUGUUUUGGGAGAAAUGGCAAUUACUCGAUGAAAUACCUAAUUUAUCAAGACAAAUUGAAAUGACAUAGCAAAGGGUCCCUUUUGAAACGGCUAUUAAUUGCCAAAUAGUUAACCACAUAUUAAUAUAAAAAUGUUUCCAAUAGUAUAAUUGUAUACUAAUAAUGACAACGCUACUGUAACUUAAGUGUCAUUAAUCUGUUUUUAAUGCUUUUACCUUUAAUUGAUAACCUCUUGUGAUUUGAAAUUCGUCCCAGACAAGAGUGUUUGGUCGGGAAUUACCACUUACAACUAAUUUCUUGCUCAAUUCAAAUCGAAUGGCCAACGAGUUGUAUUCGAUUAUCAGUAAAUGGUAAUCUUCGUAAUGUUCAUGGCAACUUUCUUACCAAAAACUCCAAGAUAGGUAUCCUUAAUUUUCCAGGCUCGUAGGCAUUGUUUGAAUAGCGACAGUUCAACAUUAUAUGUUAUGAGGAAUCCAGGUUGAUUCUUGGCUACGCAUUCAGAUAAUUAGAUGGUCCGUAUUGCCUUGUAUAUCCAUCCUGUUUGUUAUAGCCUGUGAACAGGCCUUUGGUCGAGCGGGGAAGGAGAGGGAAAAGCGAAAAGGCCUGUGGACAAGCCUUUGGGACCGCCGUUCCACGGCACCCGCUGUGCAUCAGAUCCUGAUGCAAGUUCUUAUUGGCGAGAACACUGACUGUUGAAAGGUCUAAUUGACAUCGGCUUUUCGGUCGGCACGUAACACGCGUUUGGAAAUAACAAAACACUCCAAAGACUGUUAAGCUUGUUCAAAAGCUAUUACCAAGGGAGGAACUACGAGCUCCAGUCAAAAGACUCACACUAUCUGUGAUAAUUUUUAAACAUUCUGCAAAGAAAACUAACGACCUGGGCCCAGCGUGAUACAACAUUUCAGAAAAACAUUACAAAAAAAAUCGCUUAGUUAUUCAGAUCCAGAGGUCACUUUGGAGAAAAGUACGACCCUUAUUCAGCCGCAAUAAAAAGCUUUACGCUUGAAAAGAGGUCAAAGAAAAUGCUCUUGCAUCAGAGAGGGCAAAUCCUGCCGACCAGAGACAAAAACCACAGUAAAUCGAUAUGUAUGCCAUGACCUCUCAGUGUGAAACCAGCAGCUAAAACCAUAUUUGCUCAGUGAAAAUGUAGAACCUUCCAGAGCAUAAUCUACCGAGCAGAGGAAAAAACUUAUGGGAACAGGCAGCAUUUUGGCGUGAGGUAAACGCCGUGUAGGCCUACCGCCCUCUUUUAUUGCUAUAAAUGCGGGAUAAAUACCCAAAGGUGUAAUUCCUGUCGGCGAUCGAAGCGCUGUUGAUUUCUUUGUACUUGUCUUUGGAGGUUCACGUUCUGGAGAAGUCAUGAUAGUAUCUGUACCUUUCGCAUUCCAAGUUCGCUCAUUGCAGGGGCUUGUUGAAUUAGAAACUGAACUAGCAAGACGAACGGCGCGAUGAGCACAAGUUAAGCAGCUUAAAUCGGAAAAGCUUUCUCCUUGCACAAGAGGAAAUCUUGAGCAAUCAAAUGCUUGCGCUAGUACAACGCUGUCUUGGCCACUGUCAACCAGCAAGGUCUUAUUUCUUGAAACGCCAACGACCGGCACCGUAUUAAUUCUCUUACCGGAGAUCAACGAUUUUUUUCAAAAUCGACAAUUAGGCUCGCGGUCCAUUUCACUUUGUUUUGAGUCGAAGCAAAACACGGAUGCUUUCCCUUUAAUUUUCCCAGGAGUUACUCACGCGCGAAAUUGAUUGACAGAUAACGAUCUUGCUGACAGAUGUUCGGCAAGAUAAUUACAAGAGGGCGGAAUAGCGGCCUCAAACGUGUGUCUACAGGCUCUCUCCCCCCUUCCCUUCCCUUUCCUUGCUAUUUUUUUCCCCAGACAGAGAGCCUGUUCACAGGCUAGUUUGUUAUAAUGGCGUUCAAUCGUACAAGUAUAUAUAAACGAGCUGGUUCAUUGCAGUUUCACAGAACAUGAACGUGUAAGGUUUAGUAGUUGUUAUAUAGACGCGGCGGCCAUGUUGAAAUAGUCGAUUUUGGAUAACUACUUUAUGUAAGUGGAAACGAUUAGUGUCAUUCCCAGCCGACUUUGGUGGUCACUCUAUGUAAGCAAAACGAUUAAUGUCGUUCACAGGGACUCUCAGGCAAUUGUUAAAAUAGAAGGUAAAAAGGCCGGGUGACGUGUUUCGACGAACACUAGCAUUAGCAAUUUAAUGGAAAACAUAUUGUACUGAGAAUUGGUUUGGUGGUCUCAGCGCAAAAAAACAAUACAUUUUCUAAAUUUCUGGCCCCACCUCAUAAAGCAAUAAUGGGACACAUUUUUUAAGAACGAGACAAACAUGUACACUCUCUUUUUAUAUAUCUAGGUUGAUGAAAAGAUACAGAAUUAGUUUGAAUGGGAUAUGUUUUAUGAAAGAGACAAACAAGUUAUUACCUUGAUCCAAUGUUUAUGUUCAAUAAAUGCGGUGAAAUAUGGGGCACAAGUGACAUUUCGUGCAGAUUUGCAUAAAGCGGAAAUAUGCGAAUUCGCACAUUUCAAAAUGGCGCAUGCAAGCUGCUGGACAUUUCGGCUUUCGUUACUUUUAGGGGACCGUUUCUCUAAAGAGCAAAACAAGUAAGUGCGAGAAGAAAGUGAAGAGUUUAAAACAACGGAAGAAGAUAAUGUGUAUAGUGGAGAACCAAAAAAGAAUGAAGGGCGCACAAUGGUUAUCGUGAAAGCAUCUUUUAGCCAGGAACCAUGCGUUUCGCAAUCGCUUUUGAUUUAAGGCUGCCUCACAAUUUAAUGGAACCAAUGUGAAGAGAACUGUAACCAGUGGGGAUUGUUAAGGUCUACAUCGAACCUCAAAAGCUAGAGUGUCCAUGGCAAGGAAUUAUUAUGAUUUCAAGGACUUGGUAGUUCUCUCCUCGAGUAAUUAGUGGACUUGUAAGUCUUUGAAAUGAAUGAACCAUACAAAAGCAAAUGAUGCUAGUGUGAUAUUUCAGCGCAUCACAUCACUUUUGGUAAGUCAAGCGACAUCGAAAGUAAGGAAAUGUUUACUUAACCUGUGAAGUACAUGGCACAAAUACAUAUUAGCUUAACUGAAACGACUUCCAUUUUUUGUUUUCAGAUAUAUUUGAUUCACUUGUAUUUAAUAAAAUAAUGUUGUUUGAAAGUUAGGUAAAGCUGUUUUGUCAUAUAUUUGAUUCAGUUGUAUUUGAUAAAUGUUGCCUCACAGUUAUUGGGGCCUCUUAUUAGGCAAGUAAUUUGAACUUUUUUUUAGUACUUUUGCCUCACAGUUAUAAGGACCUCUUUAGUUAUCUACUUUGAAGGGGCCACUUUUGGCAUCCAAUUUGAAUAUUUUGCCACAUAUCGCCAGCCCUCUGGCGAUUUUUGCCAAAAUCGCCAAAAUCGCCAUUUUCGCCAAAAUCGCCAGCCUCCAAGGGGCCACUUUUGGCAUCCAAUUCAAAUCGCCAGCAGCUGGCGAUUUUUCGCCAGUUUCGCCAUUUUCGCCAUUGCAUGCAUUUCUGGACAUAAGUGUUAAAAUAUGCAAGAUUACACAACAUUUAGUCCUACCUUACCGUUUUUAAGACGUUACUUAUUUAAAAUGCGCCUAGAAAAACAAACAAACAAAUAAACAAACAUCACACUGCCAUUUUGUUCAUAUAUUCCUUCUUCACAUAACACUUCUGUAGUCUCUGUAUAUUCUCCCCCGACGUUGUCACCUUAAAGCAAAACGAACCACUGCAUAUGCAACUGUCAAAAGGCCACAGCCGCCCAUUACUUAAUAUUCCAUUAAUUAUAGUAAUAAACAAAUAUACUAGUUUCCAAUUAUUUUCACGUCGUUAGUUAUUCAGCCGUUGUGUUGUUAACUACGAAAUAAUCUGCUGAUGUUUAUGAUAAACAUUUUUCCUCAAUUUCCAUGUCCUUUUGACCCAUCUGAGACAACAAGGCACUAACUCGCGGAGUAAGAUUUUCGCGCGAAGCGCGCGAGCCUCACACGGCUGAGGGGCGUCCCUUCAGACCUUUCGUUCAACCGCACGCCCGCGCUUCCCUGAUCUACACAAAAAUACGGGUUGUUUUACAUUCUAGACCCUUCUUGACAUGUUUUGCACUAUUUGUGCAUUUAGGAUAAGGGAUUGGAAGAGUCCACUAAAGAACAGUUGAACAUGUCAAACAACCCACCCGUGGAAAGUCAUCACACAGAAUCGAAGCCGCCUUUGAGUGAAAGUCUCGAGGAAGAUCCACAAGACGAGGAGGAAAGCUUUUCUACUCAACAGCUCUUUAAAUUUGCAUGGCAAAUAGCGAAGGGAAUGGUAGCUACUGUAUUUGUUUACAUGUUAUAUUUGACUAGAGAGUAACCCUUUAAAAAUGGACGCUGAUUUCAAAGGCGAACUGUAUGGGGUAUAUAUUCAUUAAGAAAGUAGAAUUUCCCUACCGAAAUCUACCUGCCCUCAAGAAAAGUACCAAGUUUACUGAUAAAACCACUUUUGAGCGCAAAACAGCCAAAUCUGGCUAAAUGCCAUAAAAUGAAAUCAGGUGAAAAAAUCGGCAAAAGACGAGUUUUAGGAAAUGAGUUUUUUCUGCAGUUUUGGUAUCUUGAAAGCAACCACACGAUCUGCCAACACUCUGUUUUACGCCCAUUUCGGUUCCUUGAGCUCUCGGUUUUCUUCCAGAGUAGGCUACCCUCGAUCUUCCCACAUUUUUACUCAUUUAAAGAUAUUCCCUUGACGUACUCUCGUGACAUGAGGCCGACUUCGAAAACCCCGAUCGAAACUCAGGUACCUGGGCGUUAUCUUUGAAACACUGAAAAUACCAGGGAAACAGAAACGGCGGCGAUUGUACGAUGAACAACAACUUAAAAGGGCUGAGAAGCAAUUCAACCAUCGUCAUACAAAACAUUAUAGGAAAAAUGCAGCUAGGAAGCCAGACUUUUCGUAUUAAAAGUUAUUAACGAAUUUUAAUUCGUUGACCAUGGUUAGUAGAGAGAAGACUGGUUAUGAAAGCCGGCAAAUUUCAAAGUUGAAAACAACGGUGCUGUAGUUUAUGUUGAAAGCUCCCUGACCGUGCACAAUCCCUUGUUUUUUUGUGCACAAAUUGUGACUGAAUAAAUUAAUUAGAUUUUUCUAUUGGUCAGUAAGUUCAAAAUGAUAGGAAUGCAUUGUGGAGUUCCAGAGGGGCUAACAAAAACAUAUAACAAAGAGUCUAACGCCUUGAGUCUAACGGGUUUCAUUACUAUUCCACUUUAAUAACUAUGGCCCAACUAAAUUCACUUUAAUUAUUUAUUCUACAAAAUUUCAAAACUCAGGAACAACAAGUUAAAGGCAAAAUUGAAUAUUUCGAUCGAAUCGCUCGAACGUCCUUCGUGAUCAGCAAUGUAAAAAUGCCAGGUUAUAUACCAAAAAGGUUGUAAUGUUCCCCCAGGAGAGGAUAGUACAUGGCCGGGAGGUCCAGUCCCUCGUCCCUAUUCAGGGACGGUUUUCUUUGUUUGAUGGUAAUGGCCUCCUUGACGCGGUAAAAACCGUGAUGGUGCUAUUUUAGUCAGAUAGAACUUUAGCAUUGUGUGGGUUGAUGUUGUGACCGCCGUUGCUCGGCAGUGUUCGAAAACCGCAAAAGUUUCACAGGACUGGUGUUCUUUGAUCUGGGUACAAAGGGAUUUUGGAAGAAUACUUUAUGAUAAUUUUGGCUUGUAUAUUUAAGUUUUGGUGUCUGAACUGACGGCUAACUGGCUGUUGAUCAUGGACAUAAACUCUUCCUUGAAUUUUUUACACGACCCCACAAGCUUUGAGCUUUAAACCAUAUCGUGUUUAAAUAAAGGAUAUGUAUGUAUGUAUGUAUAUUAGUUAUCUGUUAUAAUUAUUAUGUGAUGCUAAAACUUGAUUUCCCUUUCUCUACCUUUAUAACUAGAACCAUCUUGCCGAAAAAAAUCUUGUGCAUAGAGACCUUGCAGCUCGUAACGUCCUUGUUGGCCAUGAUAAUCGGGUGAAAGUGUCUGACUUUGGGUUGAUGCGACAAAUCUAUGAAGAUGUGAAGGGCUCAGAAAAGUCCAAGAAACUUCCAGUCAAAUGGAUGGCUCCAGAAUCGCUUUAUCGCUCCACCUUUACCAUCAAGAGCGAUGUGUGAGUAGAAUAAGACCUUCAGUUUAACGCUAGCCUAUAGAUCUCAUCAUAUGAGUCUCAUAUGGAUUAACUUACUUUUAAUAGUCUUUUCCGAACUGAUUUUUUCAUCCCCGACGACGAAUACGUAAUUUUUUCACGGAAUAUAAGUUCGGAAUAUUUUUGUAAGUUCUCGAACGCCAUGUCAUUAUAGCAAAGUUUGGGUUCAAAUUUUGUCAACUGAUUGAUAUUAGUAGGAUUUUGCUGGCCUCUUUAAAACUAACCUAGAAAAGGCAAAGCGUGAAUGCCCUUCCUCAAAAUCUUCUUAGCCUUGACCGUCUGACUAUAUCGCUCUGUAACCAUUUUGUUGUUUUCUUUCCUAGCUGGUCCUACGGCGUACUUCUGUGGGAAAUGGCCACACUGGGUAUGCAUACUUAGACAAUUAUUUACUUUCCUGAUUACAACUGCUUGCUUGCUUUUCCUCGUUUCUAAUAAAAAAAACUGACUCAUAUAAUUUUUUUGGUCCAGGCCCCAGUUGUUCAUUCCCAGAUUCCGUCUUCUCUAGCUCUCGCGCGUUUGCCUCUUACUUCCCUCACACGUAACAUGCUCGCACGACAGACAAUAGGCCGUGUCCGGGUUGCCUUAGACUACCAGUAGUCCCCAGUUUUCCUCAAGGAUAGUAGAGCGAGCGAAACGCGAGCGCGCGUGAAAAUCACCCACGCGAGAAAAGGCGACACGCGGCGGGGAGAGAGAAAAAUGAAGCCUUUUAUCGAGUGGGGUGAUUUUCACGCGCGCUCGCGUUUCACUCACCCUACUAUCCCUUAGGAAAAAUGCGGGGACUACUCGUAGCCUAGGGUUUCCCCAACCCACUGUUUCAAAGCGAGACUAAGUGUGGAGCCGUUGAUAUGAAAAUGAGUUUUUUUACUUUCAUGCAAAAGUAACUCAUUAUCACAAGAAAGGUUUUGCACUCGUUUUGAAAGUGAGGGUUUUUGUAACUCGGAAAUGGUCUAUCCUGAAGGACUCUGCAGUCUUAGACCUGAACAAAUAACGUGAAAAUGAUUGUCAAACUUACUGCCCAGCUUUUUCUGAAUAACUGAUUUUCUUCUUCUGUUGGAUCCAGGAGGCGUACCAUACCCUACGCUGACCAACACAGAGCUGUAUCGCCUGCUCAGCUCUGGAUACCGAAUGGAAAAACCUGACAUGAGCUCCGAUGAAGUGUAAGUUGAUCGCUCUAGUGAUUUGAGGAUAUGUUAUCAUGGCAGAAUUAUAACAAAAUUUUACUUUAAAAAAGAGCUUAGUACGACUUUGCCCUUUGAAUACGAACAGCUGGUUCCCAGGGUCAAGAUCUCCUACUCUCCCUACUCGCUCCAGGGCAUGAAAAGGAAACUCGGACCAUGUGAACGAGGCUGUGGAGUUCGGCCACUGAUGGUCACUGAUGAUGUAUACGGCUGGCUCCGCAAGCGAACAAAAUGAAGUAAAUCCCGCGAGAAAGGAAUUGCCCGCGUUCUUUUCAGAAGAAAAACAACCUCCUUCAGUGGCAUUCUUGUGGAACAUCAGAGACUCCUAUUUUUUUCACCUACAGUUAGUGGUGAUGGGCCUAUUAACCUUUUCCCGCUUCAAGCCUCCAUUUGCGCGUGCGCCUGAUCAUUUUUUUCUCUAACUGCUGUUGUGGUGCCAAACAAGGUUGUCCAAAAACGCUUAAAUGUACCAUAUAUCCAUUUUUAAGGAUAAUGACCCAAAAACCAAGAAGUGAGUUGACAAAUCAGGAUCUCAGGAUUAUUUCUAUGACAGACUUUAAAGUGCUUGAAUACAACACCAGUUUAGUUUUCUUCAGCUGCAUAUACUCUAAGAGACCUCUGAAAUGUCUUAAACAACUCAAAUGUGGUUGAUUCUGUGCUGAAAGUUUGUAUAGUUACCAUCUCUGACCAUUUCUCAUCCAGCCACAGUCUUUACCUCUCAAUUUCCCUUCGAUUACCGCUGACUGGCAUGGGUUGUUUUUUGCAGUACGUCCCUAGGCCUUAUGAGGCCAGGCCGAUGCGUUUCGGGUCAAGUGGUCCGAAAGAUUUUUUCUCGGAUACGUCGCCGAAACGCAUUGACCGAAACAGGACUGGAAAGACACUGUACAGAGACUAGGCAAAGGUUGUUGUAUUUCCUAAACAAAAACGUGACCACACCGUAAUUUUUAGGGAGUUAUUAUAACUCCAAAAAUGGAGUAAAAAUUUUAGGUACAGGAUAACCCCUUUUUUGGGGUUAUUUUAACUCCUAAUUUAACUCCGAAUUUGGGGUCAUUUUUACUCCUGAAAAAGAGUUCUUUUUACUCCCAGUCUUGGAGUUAAAAUUACUCCGAAAUGGGGUUACUUGUACUCCUUACAGGGGUUGUUUUCACUCUUUUUGGAGUUAAUUUAACUCUGAAAGUGGAGUAAAAAUUUUAGGUACAGGAUAACUCCUUUUUUGGGGUUAUUUUAACUCCUCAAAAUCUGUGGUCACUUUUACUCCUGAAAAAGAGUUCUUUAAACUCCUUUUUGGAGUUAAAAUAACUCCACGAAAAAUAACUCCACUGUAAGGAGUUAAAUUAGCCCCACUAGAGGAGUUAUUAUAACUCCCUGAAAAUUACAGUGCACUAAGGAGCUAAUUUGAGAGAAUUAUAAAUCGGUUUGUUUUUAACUGUCUUCGACAGAUAUGAGUUGAUGACAGAGUGCUGGAAGGAAGACCCAAGAGCUCGACCCAGUUUCUACCAGAUGAUAGAAAAACUGGAGAUCAUCAUGCAGAAGGAUGCACCAUAUUUGGAUGUGAACAAGCAUAAUGAAGCCCAUCCAUACUAUAACGUGCCUCCCAAUCUGGAGUAA